ACAUCCUGGCGGCUCCGAACUCGGAUACACGUCGGGUAUUUUUGUGAACAGAAAUAAUUUGAAUUUCUAAACCUUAAACGCCACAAUAAGCGUGGAUGAUAAAUCUGUCUUGGGGAGCUAAAUAGCAGCAACAAAUUGUUGCAUUUCGGAUCAUUAUCGAGUUAGAGGGAGAGCUGUGAACUCUGUGCCUCAAUCAUGCCGCCUGGGCCUGUACAAAUCGUCCUGCCGGAGCCCAACAAUAAGCCAGAAGAAGUCACUAAAGAUGAAACUCCAGCAACGAAGCCCAUCGUCGGGAUCAUCUACCCACCUCCCGAGGUCCGAAACAUCGUUGACAAGACAGCGAGUUUCGUAGCCAGGAAUGGACCGGAGUUUGAGGCCAGGAUCCGUCAGAACGAGAUAAACAACCCCAAGUUCAACUUCCUGAACCCCAAUGAUCCUUACCAUGCCUACUAUCGUCACAAGGUCAACGAGUUCAAGGAGGGCAAGGCCCUGGAACCCUCUGCAGCGGUGCCCAAAGUCAUGCAGCAGCAGGCGUUGCAACAGUCAUCCCAGCAGCUGCCACAAAAGGUCCAGGCACAGGUCAUCCAAGAGACUGUGGUUCCCAAGGAGCCGCCUCCAGAGUUUGAAUUUAUCGCCGACCCCCCGUCCAUUUCGGCCUUUGACCUGGAUGUGGUGAAGCUGACGGCCCAGUUUGUGGCGAGGAACGGGCGGCAGUUUCUCACGCAGCUCAUGCAGAAGGAGCAGAGGAACUACCAGUUUGACUUCCUGCGGCCCCAGCACAGCCUCUUCAACUAUUUCACCAAGCUUGUGGAGCAGUACACCAAGGUUUUGAUACCACCUAAAGGUCUCCUGAUAAAGCUAAAGAAAGAAGCAGAGAACCCCAGAGAUGUUAUGGACCAGGUACGCUACCGUGUUGAGUGGGCCAAGUUCCAGGAACGAGAGAGGAAGAAAGAGGAGGAGGAGCGAGAGAAGGAGCGUGUGGCGUACGCUCAGAUCGACUGGCAUGACUUUGUGGUUGUGGAGACCGUGGACUUCCAGCCCAACGAGCAAGGUAACUUCCCCCCGCCCACCACUCCUGAGGAGCUGGGUGCGCGCCUCCUGAUCCAAGAGCGCUACGAGAAGUACGGCGAGAGUGAGGAGGUGGAGAUGGAGGUGGAGAGCGAGGAUGAUGACGAUGAGCGGGAGGAUCGGGAGGAAGGUCACUCCGCUCAGCCUGAUCAGGACACUCAGCUGCAGGACAUGGACGAGGGAUCGGAUGACGAUGAGGAUGGUAUGAAGGCUCCACUGCCUCCAGACAACCCGAUGCCCCCCCCACUGCCCCCGACCCCAGACCAGGUCAUCAUCCGCAAGGACUACGAUCCCAAGGCCUCUAAGCCCCAGCCGUCUGUGGUGGCCCCAGAUGAGUACCUCAUCUCCCCCAUCACGGGCGAGAAGAUCCAGGCCAGUAAGAUGCAGGAGCACAUGCGCAUCGGCCUGCUGGACCCACGCUGGCUGGAGCAGCGCGACCGCAGCCUGCGCGAGCGGCAGGUGGAGGACGAGGUGUACGCGCCCGGCCUCGACAUCGAGAGCAGCCUGAAGCAGCUGGCCGAGAGGCGUACCGACAUCUUCGGUGUGGAGGAGACGGCCAUCGGAAAGAAGAUCGGUGAGGAGGAGAUCCAGAAACCAGAGGAGAAGGUCACGUGGGACGGCCACUCUGGCAGCAUGGCGCGCACACAGCAGGCGGCCCAGGCCAACAUCACGCUGCAGGAGCAGAUCGAGGCCAUCCACAAGGCCAAGGGCCUGGUGCAGGAGGACGACCACAAGGAGAAGAUCGGCCCCAGCAAGCCCAGCGAGGCCCUGCUGCACAACCCCCUGACCCACCCUGGCAUGCCCAAGCUCACGCAGCCAAUGAACCCUCAAAGGGGCCAGCCCUCCGUCAACAGGAUGAAUGUGGGUCAGCAGGUGCGCACCACCCUGCUGUCGGCGGUGCCCGUGCUCCCGCGGCCCCCCAUGGCCCCCGUGGUCCGUCUGGCCCCAGGGCAGGUGCUGACGCCCAUGCCACCCAUGCUGCACACGCCCCGCAUCAACGUGGUGCCCAUGCCACCCUCCGGACCCCACCUCAUGACCCCCAGGCCCCCGCCCAUGGUGGUGCCCACAUCUUUUGUCCCUGCUCCUCCCGUGCCCCAACCCCCCAGCUCAUCCAACCCCAUGCCUCCCGCCCACCCACCCCCUCCUCACGACGACGAGCCCAUGAGCAAGAAGAUGAAGACCGAGGACAACCUCAUACCAGAGGAAGAGUACCUGCGCAGGAACAAGGGUCCUGUUACUGUCAAAGUUCAGGUACCAAACAUGCAGGACAAGACCGAAUGGAAGCUGAGCGGACAGAUUCUCAGCUUUACUGUGCCCCUCACAGACCAGGUGUCCGUCAUCAAGGUUAAGAUCCACGAGGCCACGGGGAUGCCUGCAGGCAAACAGAAGCUCCAGUAUGAGGGUAUCUUCAUUAAAGACUCCAACUCUGUGGCUUACUAUAACAUGAGCAACGGCUCCAUCAUCCACCUGGCCCUCAAGGAGAGAGGAGGCAGGAAGAAAUGAGCUGGGCCAUACUUCCGGAACCCUUCGGAACCUUCCACAGUGUUCCGGAGCCAUCCACAAGGAUCAGCAGCCAUGAGGAUUGUUGUUGCUAUAGUGAAAAAGGGAGCGUUUGCCCUUAUUCCGUCACCUUCAUUUACCUUAAUUUAGUUGUUUACUCGCCUGGAUUCCUCUUAAUCUGUAGACCUUGUGGCACAAAUUAUUAUUCUGUCAGAUUGUUUCAAGGAUGUAAAGCACCAUUUUGAAACUCUGACCUGUCAUGAAGUGUUAAGUGGACUUUUUUUUCGUUUUUAAAAGCUUUGGUUUCUAGGAUUGGAAUAGUUAUAUUAUUACAUUAUUACAUGAUGUUAUUACGAUUUGCUUUCAGUCUGUGAUUAUUUGACAACAAAUUCCAUCUGUAAUUCUGACAUAAUCCACAAGUAUGGUUUCUAGUAAUUGAAAUAUGCCAACCUCUUUGGCAAAGUCUUAGUUGGUCCCAUCUGUGCACAGAACUGCAUGUUAAAUUUGCCAUUGGGUUUGGGAUCUGUAGGUGACCAUAGUCAAGCUAAUGCAGUCACACCAUUGAGGUGAAGAAAGUCCUCUUAACCCCCAGGCCAGCCCAAGCAACAUCAUGUAAAUAUACAGCAGAAGAGUUUAUUCGUUCUACACACAGUGAUCAGCAAUCAUUAUCAGUAUGGCCGAAACGAGAGCAUACCGUACAUGAGUUGCACUGAUUUGGUCCAGUUGUUUGGUUGUGGUUCCCUAGGUGAUAUUAUAAACAUUAGUGCCACUACACGGCAGUCUUUGCAAUGUCCAUGUUGUUCAGCAGGAUUGGUCGAUCAGUUCUUGGAUAACCAUUAAAAACAAAUCAGAAAAAAAGCCCGUUUGUCAGUUUUGUUUUCGUGGUUACAUCAUUACAACAUUAUUAGCAUCUGAAGCAUUUUUUAAAGACAUUAUUUUAGACAGAAGCAGCAUUUUA